AAAAUGUAUAAACCUCAAAAAGCCGUCUAGAUUCAAAUCAUUAACUCCCACACAUCUCGGGAUUCUAUUUUUACACCCAAAAUCUUUUUUCACUCUGUAUAUAUUAAUACAAUUCUCUCCCACUUCUUUCAAAAAUAUCACAUUCUUUCUUCUUCUCAUUUUCUCUAAAGAUUGUUGUUUGUGUGUGAGGCUAAGGAUCAAAGAUGGUUUUGUGGGUAUUUGGAUAUGGUUCUUUGAUCUGGAACCCAGGUUUUGAUUUUGAUGAAAAACUCAUUGGUUAUAUCAAGGACUAUAAACGUGUCUUCGAUCUAGCGUGUAUUGAUCAUAGAGGUACUCCUGAACAUCCUGCUAGGACUUGUACGCUGGAGCAAUCCACCGGAGCUAUUUGCUGGGGUGCUGCUUAUUGUGUUCGUGGAGGACCAGAGAAAGAGAAACUAGCAAUGGAGUACUUGGAACGAAGAGAGUGUGAAUACGACUCAAAAACACUUGUUGAGUUUUACACUGAAAAUGACACUUCCACGCCAAUCGUUACCGGAGUUAUUGUCUUCACGUCAACACCAGACAAAGUGUCGAACAAAUACUACUUAGGUCCAGCUCCAUUGGAAGAAAUGGCGAGGCAAAUCGCUACGGCUUCGGGACCUUGUGGGAACAACCGAGAGUAUCUUUUCAAGCUAGAGAAAGCAAUGUUCGACAUUGGUAUAAGAGAGAGCUUUCUUAACGACUUUAUAUUAAAGAAACCACUGUUUUUGGUAUGAUUUUUGAUAGAUGAAAUGUUGUGAUAACAGAGCAUGAGGAAGAGUAUGUGAUUGAGUUAGCGAAUGAGGUUAGGAAGCAACUCGAUUUACCGGAGGAAGUGAAGGCAUUGUUGAAGCCUAUUGUUUCUCAUGUAUCCGUCAAGUCUCAAGCUCAUGUUUCCACUCGUCAACGGGUCUUUGCAUCAUGAAGACAGCAAAAGUUAUGGAGCUAACUUAAAAAAGCAUUGUGGUGACGAGGCUAAUGUUAACUCUUUAUCUUUCAGCUUAAUAUUUGAUCACAUCUUGACCUUGAGAUGUUUUGUUUUGCUCUGCAUUUAUUGAGAAUUCAUAACAUUGUAUGAUAUGAGAUGCAAUUUAUGAGAAUAAUAACCGAUCUUUAGCUCUGCCAAUUGUUAUA